UCAUAGUCUCGCGAGAUGAGAUCCGUGACGUUGCGCUGCUGUACGGAAGGAGUCGAGGAGCGAGAAGUUACCGCCGCUGCGGGACUUUUAAACAGUGCCCCGGGAAAAGAGAGACUAUUGGGCGGUUUUUGGAACAAAGCAAUGUCGUUUAUCCCUUUGAAAAGGAGGCGCGCGGGGCCUGUGUCUGAGGAGCCUUUAGAUUCUCUUCAGAGUCUCUUUCCAGAUGUCUGUCUGUUCCUUGUGGAGCGCAGAAUGGGCUCAGCACGGAGGAAAUUCUUGACAGGACUGGCACAGAAAAAGGGAUUUUGUGUGACACCCCAAUUCAGUGACCAAGUGACACAUGUGGUGUCAGAACAGAACUCGUGCUCUGAGGUUUUGUUAUGGAUUGAGAGACAGUCGGGUCAGAAGGUGCAGCCUGGUGGAGCAGAGAUGACUCCCCAUAUUUUGGAUAUUACCUGGUUCACAGAGAGCAUGAGCUUAGGCAAACCUGUAAAGGUGGAGCCCAGGCACUGUUUGGGGGUUUCUGACUCCUCAGUUUCACGUGACAAAGCCACACAGGAGAUCCCUGCUUAUGGCUGCCAGCGCCGGACACCACUACAUCACCAUAACAAGGAGAUUACGGAUGCUCUUGAGAUCCUUGCGCUGUCAGCUUCCUUCCAGGGCUCUGAGGCCCGCUUUCUUGGCUUCACUAGAGCAUCUUCUGUGCUGAAAUCCUUGCCUUUUAGGCUGCAGUCAGUAGAGGAGGUUAAGGAUCUGCCGUGGUGUGGGGGUCACAGCCAAACAGUCAUCCAGGAAAUACUGGAAGAUGGAGUGUGCAGGGAGGUUGAGACAGUGAAGAACAGUGAGCACUUUCAGAGUAUGAAGGCACUCACAAGUAUCUUUGGUGUUGGAAUACGCACUGCAGACAAAUGGUAUCGGGACGGAGUACGGAGCUUGAGUGAUUUGAAUAACCUUGGAGGGAAACUGACUGCAGAACAGAAAGCUGGACUGCUACACUACACAGAUCUACAGCAGUCAGUAACAAGAGAGGAAGCAGGAACAGUGGAGCAGCUUAUUAAAGGAGCAUUGCAGAGCUUUGUCCCUGAUGUCCGGGUCACCAUGACAGGCGGGUUCCGCAGGGGCAAGCAAGAGGGACAUGAUGUGGAUUUCCUCAUUACACAUCCUGAUGAAGAAGCAUUGAAUGGGCUUCUGAGAAAAGCUGUGGCGUGGCUUGACGGCAAGGGUUCCGUUUUGUACUACCAUGUAAGGGCACGGUCUCAGAACUUUUCAGGAUCCAAUACUAUGGAUGGCCAUGAGACGUGUUACUCUAUUAUAGCCCUUCCAAACGUUUGUCCCGAGAAACCAAGUCCAGAUGCAGAGAAGAUUGAACCGGAUCUGGAUAAAAAUUCCUUGCGUAAUUGGAAAGCCGUCCGAGUGGAUUUGGUAGUCUGUCCUUACUCAGAAUAUUUUUACGCCCUCCUGGGUUGGACUGGAUCAAAGCACUUUGAGAGAGAGUUAAGGCGCUUCUCACUUCAUGUCAAGAAAAUGUCUCUAAACAGCCAUGGACUCUUUGACAUUCAGAAGAAUGCCACCACCCUGCUACAUCGGAGGAGGAGAUAUUUGCACAUCUUGGACUCCCAUAUGUGCCGCCCUCCGAGAGAAACGCCUGACCAUAGGACAAUAGAAGCUUCAGGGAUAGAUCCAUUUGGCCACACAGCUGCUCAUAAACCUCUCCAUAUGGGAAAGGCGACACCACCAGCCAACAAUGCAGAUUCAAUGUAUAUGCUGAAGAGCAUCAAACCUCAGCAGUAAGAUAUUCCAGGAUGGCAGCACUGUAAACAGCUGCAGUAGCACCAACUCUUCCGUGGCUUGUGGUACGGGUCUUCAAGUGUCUGUGGAUACGGCCCACAGGGAACUAAAAAAGGUACAAAGGAGAUUAACAGAACAUUAAACUCAAGCUCAAUGGUUUAUGAGUAACUGCUGUCAUGAAAAAAUCUAAAAAAAACCCACCUGCAGUCCUGCCCUUUGGGAGCGAGAUACUGCCUUGGCCUUAGCUUUUCCACUGUCUUUCCCAGCCUUUCCACCAGCCUAGAAAAAGAAAAAAAAAAGAUGUUUAGCUAGUUACUAAAUAUUCUGCAACUUUCACUUUUUAUGCUCAACAAGGAUAACCAUGCAAUGUUGUUAAAGAUACAGGUUAGAAAAUCUUGGUUGGAUAAUGCUAAAAUCUGCACAUGUAUUGUAUAUCUGCCAAUAUCCUUGGGGGACCUACAAUGCACUUUCAUACGAUUGGUGUCUCACAACUAAUUUAUGUUUAGAACAUCCACCCAUUUGUUUUUUUUAUGACUUUAUCCUGCAAUUUCAGUCUAAAUGUUAGUUUUAGAUCAUUGCAUUUAAACAUACAAUCAAUAUCCAAAUGUUUGUUGGAAGAAGACAAAUCUAAAUGUAUGGCUAGCUUUAGCUGGGAGCUGUCUGGGCAUUAGCUUCAUGUGAGAUAAAUAGCAAUGCAAGAAACCAGGUCACCUUUACCUUAUGGGACCCUAACUAAUGUAUUUAGCGCUUAUUAGCAGAAACUUAAGUGCCUACAUACAACUGCUUGUGGUUGUAGCACUUUGGCACAUAAACAAAUGGUAUGUAAAAGGGUUGUACAACCCUUGUCUGUUUUUAAAUAGGAUAAAUUAAAUCAAGUCCAUUUGUGGAAGACUAUGUUCAAAUCUUAUUGCAGAUAAAGUAUGGAAUAGCAUUUCUUUAAUAAUCUGUAUGACUGGCUGCUGAAUCAUAAACCUGCCUAUGCAUCAGUGGUCUCCCCAAAUGGAAUUAAUCAGAAUGGCUAGAACAUCCCAAAGGGUGAGGACCACUUUCACAGUCCUUAUACUAAUAGUUUGCUUGGUCUUGCCCUCUCAGCCAUGACUGUACCGGGCCAAUUGUGCCUGCUGAAUUGGUGGCCAAAGGCAAAGACCUGCUCUAUAGCAACCUGGUCAGAGUAGAAUAUCUACCUACUAUUAGUCUCCAUCAGCUAUGAUAACUCCUUGAUGUUUGAAAUGGUUGACCUUUUGCAUGAUGCAUAACCCAGCCUUUAGAGGUUCCAUUUUAGUAAGCAUGGAGACUUUUGCAGCAUUUGUUCUGUUUGCAUUAUAAGAAAUAGUCCUUUUAAAUGCAGAAAAAUUAUUUACAACCUGUCCCCCACCUUGAACCUGGCAAUGAAACAAACCAUGAUAAGCCAAGGGGUGGAGGGGUUGAAAAUGAGAAGGGGUUAAUCCUAGGUCUUAUGGAAGGGACAGGUGACAGAAAAGGUAGAAAUAAGGCAGAGGAAAGGAAGCAUGAUUCCCUGUACAAAGCAGGCUGUGUACUGUACCCUUAUAUUAAGGGUUGUAAUAUGAGUUCUUAUGUGUAGUAUCUGAGUGCCUGGUCAAAACCCAAUAUUGUAUUUACAGGGGGUUCUGAGAGUUAGUUGGGUAGGCUUAAACACUGUGGCUAGAAGGAGGUGGAUCUAGUGCAAUACAGACUAAUAUGUAGGUACAAAGAUUUUAACACAUGUUUAAGGAUCCUCUACAAUCAAUGGAGCAGUUCAAAUAAUGGAAAAGUGAACAUAUAACCAAGGAUUUUUUUAUUUCUUUUUCAGAUUCCCUUCAGCUUUAAUGUUAUAACAGCUAACUGUAUUAAUCUGGCAAUGACUCAGAUGAUAAUUAUAUUAAGCACACUUUAAAGUUUUCCAUAAGAAAUAAAAUACUUUAGUGUUAAGAUAAUAUACACGUCUUUUCCUGCCUUCCAUGAUAUAUAUUAGGUCAAACUAUGGCUGCACUGAAGCUUGUGUUCCCAGUAGAGAUUGGUCAUACACAGGGAUAGAAAAAUGCAACUUAUUCCCUCCGCACACCAGUUGUAAUUGCACUUCCUUUUCUGACAAUCCAUGUAAGGUUGCAGUAGCAGAUUAUAUUAAUAGAAUUUAGGCAGGUGUAGCCAGCUCCACAUACAGCCACUGUUGCGCUGGGGAUUUGGGCCUAAAUUUAAGGCUGGAGCCACAGCUUACUGAUGUAGCCUGCCCCUUUUGAAUGAACAGCCUUCAGAUGUUCAUGUUGGGAAAGAAGAAUGUUGCUGCAGUGAUGUUCCUGGAAGGCUCACUCUGACUGACCCCAAAUACGGGGUGCGUGCCUCUCAAUUACUCGUUCAUGCAGUGGCCUGUAUUAAAGUGAUGUUGAGGGAGUUAAUGUUGCUGGAUCCUGUACCUAGCCUAACACUGCCAUAACCUUUUUCCCUGGGGGGGAAGGAAAAGUUUUUAGUAGUAUAUAUUCCAGCUAACACUAGAAGCUAUAACGGUGAGGCCUCUAAGCCAUGACUGGUUAUGUGACAGAUGUAAGUCCACCCAAAAAUAUGCUAAUAAAUAACAUAAGCCUGGUUAAGUUCAAUAGUACUUGGUAAUAGUUUUGCUGAAACCACAAAUAAUUCUUUACUUUACUCCCAUGGCCCAUUUAUCCUUUCCAGCCCUCUGCAAAAGCUGCCCCUGCUCAGGCAUAAUUCCUUACAAUCUUUUUAAGAGGCUGUCAUGUUCCACAGUGCCUUAUAGAAAUUGUCUAUAAUGACCUGAGCCCCAGUCUGUGCUGCAAGACCCUAGCAUUUAUGUCACUUAUGGCGACAGAUCACCACAUAACUUGGAAGUGACAACAUUCUAAGGGGUUGAGCAACCAGGUGGCUAGGGACUUUGCAGUUGAAGGUUCGAGCAUUCCAGGUAAAUGACCUGAUGCAGGACUACCACAAAUGAUGUCGGGGGAAUCUGCCAUUCUCUUAGGAAGAACUUUCAUAUAACUAAAGGGAAUGUGAAGUCCUACGCAAACCAGCAUUGUGUCCUCAUUUAGCUCCCUUCUUAAACCAUAGGUUAAGAAUCUCAGAAGUAAAUAAUAAAAUUUACAUUUCCAGAUCUUACACUGCCCUGCAAUUGAAAUUGUGGUAUUCUACAACCCCCCCCUUUCUUGUAUCUUUCUGCCACCUUCUUUGCGCCCCCCCCCCCCCCCCCCAAAAGAAAAGUUUGGGCCUGGCUGUAGGGUGCCCCUUAUAUGCAUUAUUGUUACAAACUACUUGGCUGCUGUAGAUCAACUGAUCGGAUAUAAAGUAGGGCAACUGUGCUCAGUCCCUUAAGUGUAGCACUGUCAGCUCAUAUUAUAUCCAACAACUGCUUUUCCCUCCAUCUCUUGGGCCAGGCUUUAUUACCAGUUGCCCGGACUCAGGGCCAUAGCUUAGCAAGUUGAACAUCCAAGUGUGGGGUACGCAGAGAGAUAGACCCCUGACUAACUGCAGUGCUAAGCUGGGAUUCAGGUUUAGGGUAGCCCUGUUUCUGGUUCCACCUUGCAAUAAGCAAUGCUUGGGUUCAGCUGGCUAUAGAAUCAGUAGCUAGUGGAUGGAAUGCAGGGAGUUGACGAGUUCACAGCAGCUGGAUGGUUGCAGGCUGGAACCCCCUGGUGUAUAGCGAACGCUACAAGUAGCUCCUCCCCAUAUGGGGCACUUGUCAGGCGGAGGUGACAGGGAUCCCUAGCCUAUUAGUAUAGGGCAGCAGUCAUUACCCGCACACCCCCUCCUUAUGGGCAUGUCAAAAGCCGGCCUAGGGGGGGGGGGGGUCGCCUCCAGCGUCCCUGUCUGAGAGCUGUCACCCCCGGGCUGUUAGCGGCUCCAAGUCCCCGACCUAUAAUACAUGAAGCAGAGUCCUACAUGGCUGCCCGGUCCCACAGCAGCAGCAGCAGUUCCUCGGUAAGUUUAUACCGCCCCGGCCCUCUACCAACACAAACAGCCGCAUCGGCAAACGCCCCGCUGAAGGGAUUUCCUGCAAGCACCGUGUCGCUCCGCGUCCCACUGGGAUCCCGGGAACUUGCUGUCAAUUCCUCCACACCUCCCCCCAUAUUAAGAGUUCUACUCAUUGGCAGGGCUGCCGAGUACAGUGGGCGGCUUCUGUUUAAUGGCCAAGUAUUUACCAUGUUCCGGAGGUCCGUGCGUUGCCGUAGAAAAAUCCGGAAGAAGUUGUCCUUAUGUUUGUGCUCAGCUGUCCUGCCGGUACCGCGCACUCCUAGCUUUACACACACACAAUAACCCCCCCUACCCGUCAGGCCCGAACGAGAGGACACCCUACAACCAAUCACAAGAUGUCUUCCUGGUUUGAAACUAGCGUACCGCCAAUCAAGUCUACCCUUCUUCCUGAGGUGCCAAUGAUGUCCCGCCCACACCCCUUAACGGCCGUUUCCCUCCCAAGGCCCUUCAGCUUUAUUUUGCACACGGCACGCAAGGCGGAAGGUGGACCCACUUCACGUCAAUCAGUGAGAAUUGGCGUAUCACGGAAGUACUUUAACUCUCAUUGACAUUUACAAUAACCAAUCAAAUGCAAGAUUCUGAGUAGUCGGUUCUGAUAGUUUGUGUGGCAGGGAAUGUAGCCAAUAGGAUGAAUGGGUUAAGGAAGGGACGUACGGCUCCAUUUCCCGCCCUCUUCGUCUUGUUUGCUUUAGAAAAAAGGUACAAUGGCGACCGAGCCCUCGUUUGAGGGAAGCAGUAGGGUGUCUGAGUUUCGUUUUGUCUCGAUCACUGUUCACUACCGUUUAGUCGAAUAUUUACAGCGCGAUAUGUAAAGUAAAUGGAUUAAUAUAAAAUAA